UUGAAUUUUAUGACGGGAGAGGAUCUCCUCUCCUUGGACAGGAUACGGUCUGUUUUAACAAGGCUGGAGGAUACUAUCAUUUUUUCUCUCAUCGAACGCGCCCAAUUCGCUCACAAUGCGCGCAUGUAUCAACGCGGGGCGUUCAAAGAGUUGACUGAUCUUGGGUUCAAUGGUAGUUGGCUGGAGUGGUUUCUGAAAGAAACAGAGACGUUCCAUGCAAAGGCGCGACGUUACACGAGCCCGGACGAAUAUCCUUUUACAUCAGAUCUACCCGACCCCGUCCUCCCCCCACUUUCCUUUCCCCAGAUCUUAUAUCCCAACAAGAUAAAUGCAAAUCCCUCCAUCUUAUCUUUUUACACUCGCGCAAUCGUUCCUCGCAUCACUCCGACGAAAAAGCACGCCGACGGGAUCGUCGGAGAUGAAGAGUCCGAGGAUGAUGGAAAUCACGGUAGCGCAGCAACCCUUGACGUUGAAGUUCUACAAUCGAUCAGCAAGCGUGUUCACUAUGGGAAAUUUGUUUCAGAGUCAAAAUUCUUGGACAAACCCUCCGAUUUUAUACCCCACAUUCUCAAUCGAAACAGGGAAGCGCUUGACGCGUUGAUAACUAAACCAGAGAUAGAGCGCAAGCUGCUCUUACGACUGCAAAAGAAGGCUACGACAUAUGCACAAGAUUUCGGGGCUGAAGGGGAACUCAUGGUCAAUGGAAAAGUAAACGGAUCCGGGAAAAUAGAUGUGGAUGGCGUUGUCGAUUUGUACGAAAGCUAUAUUAUCCCAUUAACAAAGGAAGUGGAAGUGGAUUACCUGCAACAUCGGCUUGAUGGGCUAUCGAAAGACGAGAUUGACAAGCUGGCGAGGUCAAAGUAAAGGUCUCAACACUGUAUAGGGUUAUGGUCACGGUAAUCAAGGAAAGUGUAUACAAUUUGUAGGAGGUAAAAGGAUAAAGAUGACAAUCAAAUCAACUACGGUUAUACUAUAUAUCCUUCCAGUGAUAUCUGAAAUAAUGGUAUCCAAAAAACAU